CGGCCACCUCCAGCCUCCCACUACUAUGGAUGAGGCAUCGUUCCUACGAAUUGUCCCGUAUUCUCCGACGCAUGCGAAACGUAACACACGCCGGCGGAAACGCACUAGCUUAAGCCAGAACCCUGACACAUCCGACUCGGUCGCGAAAAUCCGCAAUGCAUGCACGACGUGCCGAGAAAAGAAGACUAGAUGCUCAGGGCAUAUGCCAUGCCUACGAUGCCGGCAGAAUAGCCAGCCAUGUCAAUACAUGCCCCUCGCACGGCGUCACGACCCGCAAGGCCAGCCAGGAGAAUCAACUUCGGGAGCAAUCUCUAAAAGACCGUUAUCUACUGGAGUAGAUCAUGAAUCCCCUCAGGAUACGCAAAUGACCCCCGAGGAACCACCGCAGGAAGACCAAUACGGCCAUUUUCAUGGAAGUGCAUCGGGGUUUGCCUUCCUGCAACUUGUUAAAGCUAGGCUGGCCAGUUUACCAUCGAUGUCGCUGAAUUUCCCUGACUACCCACUGCUAGAUUCGACCAAUUUUCCCGCAACGCUUCCCCCGAAGUCGAUUGCAGAUACUCUCAUCCAUAACUACUUCGACUUCGGUCUGACCACGUCGCGUUUCGUACAUAAAAGCAGUCUGCUGGCCUCCCAUGGAAGCCUGUAUAGCAACAACCCCGACAGCCUUCCCAGCCAGGACGAUCGAGCUCUCUUAUAUAUGGUAAUGGCGAUCGGAUCUCAUUACGCGCAGGCAAACACAGUAUUCAGCGGCUUUUCUGCUAGUGUUCAAUAUUUCACCAUGGCCCAAAGGGAGUUAGAGAGAGGGUCCAGUAAAAUCACCCUGAGUUCAUUACAGGCCAGGUUGCUGAUCACCCAUUACCUUCUCAACCACUCCAGGAUGCACGACGCGUGGUCCUCCUUUGGGAUUGUUGUUCGACAUGCACAAGCGCUCCGCCUACAUCGCGAGGCUACCGCAUCUCCAACGAACUUCAUUGAGCACGAAUAUCGGAAGAACAUAUUCGGCCGCCCAUCAGCACUGCAUGACGAUGACAUCGACCAAGAGGAAUGCGGAUUCACGGAUGAUGAUGAUGUUACGAUUCCCGAGAACCAUCUAAAAAGCAAAGGUGCAUUCUGCUCGGGGGCUGCCCUUGUAUACUAUGCCCGACUAGUUAGGAUUCUUGGAGUGGUACUACGGGAGUUCUAUGGCCCCGUGCGAAAGCGACAUGACCUCCAAAGUCUCCAAGCCAUGGCAGUCAAGAUGCAACAACUUCUACAAAACUGGGUACUCAACCUUCCUCCAUUCCUGGAUUUCAUCUCCUUACCACCCUCGACCAUGUCGACUCUCACACAGCGGCAGCUAUGCACCCUAAAGCUGGUCUAUUCCCAUACAAGGCUACUUUUGUACCGCCCGUUUAUUCUCUAUUCGAUCCAACAGAAUGCUGAUACACAGGAUACCCCGGAUCUGACCAUUGAGGCAGCCUAUUCGAUUGUAGACGAGUGUCGUUCCUUGCAGAACCGCGGCCUGUUCUCGCGUCGCUUCUGGUUGGUCAAUUAUACCCAAUUCGCGGCGAUUGGAACCUUGUAUAUGUACUCGAUUGCCGACGAAGCUCUGACUCAAUUCCCCGUCGGGGUCGAAGGAGAUCUCUUGCAAAAGGUGACUCUACAGUGCAGCACAACCACUGAUAAUACCUUCGAUGGGUCGACUAUGGACGGUUCAGGGAUCGAGCUUCCCGACUUGGAUGACAUGCUAUUGGGCAAUGGUGAUCCAUUUGGUUCAGCCGUGCUGGAUACAGCAUUCAUCGAUGCAUAUUUAAGGGAGGCGGACUGA